UUUUUUUUUACCGGUACUAUAAAACCAACGACGGCUUGGCGUCGUAUGGAAGAAUCCAUCUUGGAGAGCGUUUGCUGGUUGUCUUGUCACUAGGCGAUUUGGAGAGAUUAUUUUCAACUUAUUUUAUUUGUGACAAGGGAUCCUAGUACAACAUGUCAGACACCGAGCAACAGUUUAUGGAAACAUCCGAGAACGGCCAUGAAGGCGAGGAGGAUUUUAACGGAGCCGAGCCCGCUGAUGAGACCGAAGCCCCGAAUGAAGGCGAGGCAGAGACUGAAGCCUGCGUAGAAGAUAAAACUGCAUUAGAGGGAGAAGGCAAAGGGGAGGGAGAAGAUUCACAAAAUGGUGCCUCAGAGGGGGAAGGCGGACAGAUCAACGCCAGCAAAGGCGAGGAGGACGCGGGGAAAAUGUUUGUUGGCGGACUUAGCUGGGACACAAGUAAGAAAGAUCUUAAAGAUUAUUUCUCUAAAUUCGGUGAGGUGACAGACUGCACCAUAAAGAUGGACCAGCAGACAGGCAGGUCAAGAGGCUUCGGCUUUAUUCUCUUCAAAGAGGCAGCCGGUGUAGACAAGGUUCUUGAGCAGAAGGAACACAGACUAGAUGGGCGACAGAUUGACCCCAAGAAGGCCAUGGCCAUGAAGAAGGAGCCUGUAAAGAAAAUCUUUGUAGGCGGCCUCAACCCAGAUACAGAAAAGGAAGUUAUCCAGGAGUACUUCGGAACUUUUGGAGAGAUUGAGACAAUUGAGCUUCCACAGGAUCCAAAAACAGAAAAGAGAAGGGGCUUCGUGUUCAUCACGUAUAAGGAUGAAACUCCUGUCAAAAAAGUGCUGGAAAAGAAAUUCCAUAACGUCAGUGGAAGCAAGUGUGAGAUUAAAAUAGCCCAGCCCAAAGAGGUGUACCAGCAGCAGCAGUAUGGUGGCCGUGGUGGUGGGGGACGGGGCAGGGGUCGUGGAGGUCAGGGCCAGAACUGGAACCAAGGUGGUGGUGGUGGAUACAACAACUACUGGAACCAAGGCUACGGUAACCAGGGCUACGGCUACGGUGGACAGCAAGGCUAUGGUGGAUACGGAGGCUAUGGCAACUACGACUACUCCGCUGGAUACGGCUAUGGGGGUGGCUACGACUACAACCAGGGCAAUGCAGGCUAUGGGAAAACUCCAAGACGUGGAGGCCACCAGAGUAGCUACAAGCCAUACUGAUCACAUGUAGUGCAGGUCUAAAGUAAAUCAGAAAAAAGAAACCCAUGGUCCGGCCACAGCGAACAUGGGCUCUGGCUUUUCCUUUGGAGUUGGCAGAAAUUUGGCCUCAUGCCGCAUAUGUACAGAUGAAGUGAGGAACUGGGGAAGCAAAUGCCACUUCCACUUUUUAUUUGAUAUUGUUUUGUGUCCAUUUCCAGAGAUGGAAGUGUUAUUUUUACUGUACUUUUUGGUACCUUUUUGAAUAAUGUAUUGUAUGGUCGUAUUUUACAUGUCUGCUGGACUUACCAACAAACAGGAGCAGAGCUUUCGUAAGCUUUUCAAAUAAACUUUUGUUGGUGUUUCUAGAUUUGUAGUUUUUUUUUUUUCUCAUGCUGAGUGUUUGAUGCGAGUUGCAUGGCUUCAGAUGUGGGGUGAGGCGACUGGAUUAAACUAAUCAAAGGUUUCAUUGUAAGCUUGUCUAGUGAAUGUUUGCAGUUGGCUAGUAGACGAUGACAACCAGCAUUUGUUUUUUUUUUGGCUUUUAAGGAGUCUUUCCCCCCUCCCAUAUUGUCUGCAUUUUAAAGUGGCUACUAGUGUUACAAACAAUACAAUCCAACCGAGCGCAAGCCUGUUAAUGUAAGAGGGCCUUCCCUCUCUCACUGGAAACUCAUUCCUCUAGUGUCUUGGGCAAAUUGGUAGAAAUAAACUUUUGGUUUAUAUUACACGUGGAUCCUUUUGUUAUUAUUCAUAAACCUAAUGUUAACUGAUUUGUACUGUUAAAUGGCUUGUCUUGGUUAAGGUUAAAAUCGCUCUGUACGGAUGCCUCUUUGGGAUGCGGUGGCAGAUACUUCGCUGGCAGAGGGAAUCGGUCAAUGGGGUGGAAGCCGUUCUACGUACAUGUCGAUUUACUUUCGGAGCUAGCGGAUCUUACCUCGCUAUGGAUCUGUGGAAGUGUAACAGUAUUUGCUAUGGUUCUAGGUGGAUAAGGUGAUAACAGUAGUCCUCUGGUAAGUGCACUCCUACCCCACUUAUGCUUGUCAUUAAUAGUCCUUUGAUACUGUUGCCAUGCAAUGUUGCGAUUAUCAAGAUCAGCUGGAAGUGUCUUCUCUUCAGUCUGCCUGGGCCGUUGUCCAUUCCAAGUUGAUGUCCAUGAUCUCUUUCCUACUGUAUCAGUAGUACUUCAUUGUUCUUAGUACUUCGUUAUUCUGUAGUUACAAUGUGGUGGGGGCAUAGGCUAUUUUCACAGAAGUAUAAAUGUGAGUCACAAGGUAUUUUAAAUGUUUUCAUUUCAUAGCAAAAGUGCAUGGUGUUUUAGUAGAGAAAUGCAUUGCUCUGUUUCUGUCCUUCAUGCAGAACCAAAAGCGUGCAGAAAUUCCACGUGUUAGCUCUAGAGGUGAAAUCAUUUAGCUUUGUAGCCUUAAUUGUGGUAUGGACCCAUGAGAUGGGAUUUCUUUUAUGUCUGCAGUCUGUCUUCCUCCAAGAUGGCUCCAGGUCUGGUGCUCUGCUUUAUGAAAUGGUUAUUAUCUGGGAUCCAUGGGAUGUCCCACAGAUGCUGAAUAGCAAGGACCUUUACGAAUUCCAAAUGUCUGAAAUGCACUUUAACAGUUAAUCUAGAGUACUUGACACUAUCCACACCGCUACCUGACUGUGACCAAAUCUUACUGUCUGAUGCAAUUAAAUAUUUCUACAGGGUUGUACAAACCU